GUAUGGGAUGCAGACUCUGGCAACCUUGAUUGCCGGUUGAUGGGCCACAUAGGGGUAGUGUCCAGUGUUGCAGUCUGCCCUACGAACUCUGAGUUGCUUGCCACCGGCGGUGAGGAUCACACGGUGCGACUUUGGGAUCUUCGAGAUAUCGAGCCUAGCUCGCAACUUGCUCGCAUGAGCAGAGAAAAGGUGACUGGUGUCAACCUGGCGCAUUUCACGCUGAAGGGGCACGAAG